UGCUGGUCCAGAAGGCUACUAACAAGAUGAAGAUAGUCCACCACGUGGGCCCACAGGGAUUAGGAGUCAGUGAGAGGUAAACUGAUUAGUCCAGAAAAAGAGGCAGCGCUUUUAACCUCAUCACUCCCCUCACACCCUGAAGAGCAUCUUCCACCCACUCACACACUUGAGACCAAAUUGUACCCAAGAGCCUGCACCAUCUAUCAGGAAUACCACCCAACCUACAGUAGUGCCCACACACAGCCCCGUCCAUGGAAGCCUGGACACAUAGUCAAUGGAAAUUAACUGUUUCGCCCUUGGAUGUCAGAUAAGUCAAUACGGACUGUCUUUUCUUCCCAAAUGAGCAACAUUACAUCCAAAAGGACAUAAUCUACUGCAACAUGCCAUUGAAAACAGGAUUAUUCCUCAUUCUGUUCUUGUUUACCCUCCAAGCCACAAGAAUCAAAGAACUCGCUGCUGACGACUUGAUUCUCAGGAUCAGAAAUGUGAAGUACAGGCACUUCCUGGAGACGCCACAGCCAAUCAAACAGUUGACAGAUGGCAGAGAUUCACUUUCUCUAGAUGUGCAUCGAGCAAAGAGAUCAGCGCUGUUUAGUACGGGGGUGAAAGUCUGUCCUCGGGAGAGCAUGGCGGAGGUCAUCACCAGCCAUAAAGCCUACUACAAACUAAGAGUUUGUCAAGAAGCUGUGUGGGAGGCCUUCCGGAUCUUUCUUGACAGAGUUCCUGACACCAUGGAGUACCAGCAGUGGGUGUACGCCUGUCAGAGAGACUCGCUUUGCAUGGAGGAUCUGGCCCGAAAUUUUAGUAGCACACAGGAGCAUCUUGACAUGGUAGCCAGUAGAGUGGAUUCUCAAGAUGAACAGGAGAGGGCUCUCACACCUGCACCAGGCGAGAAAUGUUCAAAGAGUCCUGCUGAGCUUUUCAUCAUGGAAUCUGACAGCGAAACUGGGGCACCAGAUGUUGUCCCUCAGAGGCUGGAGGAGCACAUUGUGGAGUUCAGUGUGACUAUAGUAGACCCCGUCUACAGCGCACUACUGAGGGAUCCAGGCAGCCCUCAAUAUGAAGACCUCACUCGCAAUCUUCACGAGCAGAUGCUGCAUGCGUUCAACAAACUUCCUGGGUUUAAAGAGAUUCGAGUGCUGGGAUUUCGAGCUGGAGGUGUUACAGCAAGCUUUGCUGUAGUGUUUGAGACUGAUGGGACAAAGGCCAUAGGUGACACAGACUCCACUGAUGAAUAUGGCAUAGAGGGAGUCCUAAAGGGCAUGGUGGUCAAGGCGCUAAGUGAGGACGCAUCACUUCCUGUGGACGUGCUUUCCCUAACUUUCGAACAAGCAGGCAAGCGGGAAAACACGAGAUCCAGUACUGAAAUCAGUAAAGAAUCAAGGUUUUUACCUGGGGAAAUGAGUACAGAGUCCACAAAAGCCAACUCGGAGGAAUCUAUAGCGCCUUCUGGAAGUGUGGGCAUCUUUUUUGGAGAGCUAGGCCAUGAUAGGACUGAGGGUGAGGGGACAGAAAGGACUGUUAUACAUAAAGUACCUGAUAUAUGGUCCCAUGUUACAACACUACCAGCAGCCACAGAGGUAAUCAGCCACUCCCAACUUGAGGGUUCUAAGACGACAAGUCUAAUCACUGAAGACACUUUAGCUACCAAAGGUUCGCCAAGAACCACUACAGUGGAUUACCUAUCAAAGUUGUCUGAAGUCCAAGAGGAUGUAGGAAAUGAAACUGUUGCCACAGCUGCAACACUGGACUUGGAAUCUUUUGAAGUAGCAAAAGCAUCUACUUCAGCUCAACCUGAAAUGGAUUUUGAUAUGACACCAGAGGCCACUCUCGCAGAGGCAACAUCAUCAAUCUUGACAUCCCUAACCCCUACUGAACGAGCUCAAGAUGCUGUAUUGCAGGAAGAUGACACAACUGGCCCCUCUGAACCUUUAGAGACCUCUACCGAAGGUCUUCCUUCAUACCCUACCGGUCCAGUUGAUAGCCCCGAGUUGCCCACUUCAAUUGACCUUAGUGACCACAUAGACUCUCCAUCAGCCAGUGCCACCGUAGACACACUCCAUCAAAAGGAGCCUCCUGUUGGACCUACCACUCCAGAACCAAUUCUCCCUGCCGCAAUUCCCUCUGAGCUAACGCCCACAGAAGACCUUAUUUCACACCUGACCCCAGACAAUUUCCUCGAGGAAAAGGGACAGACUCUCUGGACAGUUUCACCUCCCCCACAUGAAGGUAGAACAGAUAAUGAUAGAGACACACAAGACGACGUAGAACAGUCUGAUGAGGAGGACGAGAAUCUGGACUCUGGGAGUGGAUUCCCCUCGGAGAUCGACGAGAAUCCACAAUCCUCGGCUCAUCCUAUAGGUUACGUUACCACUCCUUCGAUGUUGGCUUCUAACCAGGCCAAAGAGUUAGUGGUGUUUUUUAGUUUACGUGUGACUAAUAUGAUGUUUUCGGAGGAUCUUUUCAACAAGAGUUCCCCCGAGUACAAAUCACUGGAGAACACGUUUCUUGAACUGAGACAGUUCUCUGAACCAAGUGACUCGGCAAACCCUGAGGCCUCUAGUCAUGUGACUGAGAGAGAACAGAAGACAUUAGCCUCAAUACCGCUCCUGCCGUAUCUACAGUCCAACCUGACUGGAUUUAAGGAGCUGGAGAUUCUGAACUUUAAGAAUGGCAGUGUGGUGGUAAACAGCAAGAUGAAACUAAACAAACCGGUUCCGUACAAUGUUACGGAGAGGGUGCAGUGCGUGCUUGAGGACUUCUGCAAUGCGGCGUCUAAGAGACUGAACAUGGAAAUUGACUCCCAAUCAGUGGAUGUGGAAGCAGCCGAUCACGUCGAUCCAUGUAAGUUUAUGGGGUGUAACGAGUUCUCCCGCUGCGUGGUGAACACGUUAACCACAGAGCCCGAGUGUCUGUGUGAUCCGGGCUACAGCACAGAGGACGGCCAGCCCUGUAUGAGCAUCUGUGACCUACAGCCUGAAUACUGCCUGAACGGAGGCCAGUGUGAAAUUAUACCAGGACACGGAGCGACCUGCAGAUGUCCUGUAGGUAAAUUCUGGCACUACCACGGAGAACGCUGCAACGAAUUGGUGUCUAUGCCCAUUGACCCUCUCCUUUUCGUAGCCUGCCUGGUGGGAAGCCUCUCGGUGGUUUGUGCUGUGAUAGGCAUCUUGAUUUUCAUUAACAAGAAAUGUAUACGGACCAGAAAGACCAUGAGACUUGUGCGUUCACAAUCUGCAUUCCCUUUUGGUAAUACUAUGAGAGUAAAUCCAGUUUUUGAGAAUGACGAUGGGGUCUUAACACAUGUGUCGAGCAUCCUCUGUCCCAUGAGCUCUGACUCAGCCUCCUUACAACAGUCAGGCCAAGGCACAUUUCGAUCACGAGAAAGUACACAACUUAGUAUUGAGAUCCCCAGACAACUCUACACCAGAAGAUCAGAAAAGUUAACGUCAGAAAUGGUUGACUUCCAUCAGUGUAUACCACCUGACGAGAUGCGGCGGAUGUCCAGCAGGUCCUCUUGCUGUGUUGUGAGGAUUCCUGAUAGCGAAGGCUUUGAAGUGACUGUUUUAUGAUGUCCAGACACUUUUUUUUAAGCUAUGCAUGGCACCAAAGCUCUUCAGUGCUAUUCAAGCAACUCAACUUCACUGGUUUCUUGUAGACAUUUGGUGAGUUUAUGAUACAACCGCUCUACUCAAGGAUCAGCCAUGUUCUUGGACAACUGAAGGAAUACCUCCAGGAAUGGGGACUUACGAUUUAAAUCAGUCCGGAAGUUAUUUUUAAUUGUACCUGCAAAAAUAUGUAAAUUGUAUAUGAGACAUGUAAUGUGUUGGAUGCUUUGAACCCUUGUAAAAGGUUUGUUUCCUCCCUCACAAUGAGGGAUUUAUUUACAAAUCGAUACAUUGAGUUGUAUCUUAAAUAGAAAAUAGAUUCUAGUCAUCUCUAUCCUCAGUAUCCCAAACAAAGAAAUUGAAUGUAAAGUAUUUCUGUAAUUCCUAAUGGGAAAAAAAGACAAAAAUACAGGUAUGUGGGGAUGAUAUCUUUGUUUUUACAUUAAACAGAAAAAGUAUUGUAGUAUAUUU